GUACACAUUGCGCAGGAAAUUCAGUCAAAUACUUCUGCCCACCAAAUAUUGAGAAUUGAACGUAUUUUUUAUUUAUGGUAGUUAGUUCGUUACUAGCAUUUUCGGCGCCCUUGAAUUCAUCGAGGUUAUCACGCGUUUGUAACCAUGACCCAAGGUUUUGUUAGUAAUGUUCCUAGUGGAUCUAGCGGUAAAGCCAAGGAAGGUCAGUAUGAAGAUAAAGGAAAACCUGCUGCCAUCAGGUCAAGCAACAUAGUUGCUGCUAAAGCUGUCGCCGAUGCAAUUCGUACUAGCCUAGGACCCAAAGGAAUGGAUAAAAUGAUACAAGAGGCGAAAGGUGAUGUCACGAUUACUAAUGAUGGAGCCACAAUAUUGAAACAAAUGAAGCUUCUUCACCCUGCAGCCAAAAUGUUGGUAGAAUUAUCGAAAGCUCAAGAUAUCGAGGCAGGUGAUGGUACCACUUCCGUAGUUGUUCUAGCAGGAAGUCUUCUUGAUGCUUGCUCAAAACUGCUAGAUAAAGGUAUCCAUCCAACCUCCAUCUCAGAUGCUUUCCAAAAAGCUGCAUUAAAGGCUUGUGAUAUCCUGGAGAGUAUGUCUAUCCCUGUAGAUCUGGGAAACCACGAAGAACUUAUCAAAGUGGCUACAACCUCACUUAAUUCCAAAAUCGUCUCACAACAUUCGGAUUGCUUGGCACCCAUAGCCGUAAAAUCUGUCUUGGAUGUUAUAGACCCAGCCUAUCCUAACUCCGUCUCUCUAGAUGAUAUUCGUGUCGUGAAAAAACUUGGAGGCACAGUCGAAGACACCAAGUUAGUCGACGGUCUUAUACUCACCCAACGUGCUGAAUCUGCUUGUGGCGUUAAAAGAGUAGAGAAAGCGAAAAUAGCUCUUAUUCAGUUUUGUAUCUCUCCUCCAAAAACAGAUAUGGAAAAUAAUGUCGUCAUCACAGAUUAUACUCAGAUGGAUAGAAUCAUGAAGGAAGAAAGACAAUACAUUCUCAACAUCAUCAAAGCUGUUAAAAAGGCUGGGUGUAAUGUCUUGUUGAUUCAGAAAAGCAUUUUGCGAGAUGCUGUAAAUGAAUUGGCUCUCCAUUACUUUAAUAAAAUGAAAAUUAUGGUUGUCAAGGAUAUCGAGCGAACAGAAGUAGAAUUUAUAUGCAAGACACUGCAUUGCAUACCAAUAGCAAGUCCAGACCAUUUCAACCCAGAAUAUAUGGGAUCUGCCAAUUUGGUUGAAGAAUCAGAGGCAACCGCUCAUUGCGUUCACAUCACAGGUAUUGAGAACAGGGGAAGGACAAUAUCAAUCUUGGUCCGGGGUUCCAAUAAACUUAUGUUGGACGAAGCUGAACGUUCAUUGCAUGAUGCACUUUGUGUUAUUCGAUGUUUAGUAAAAAAGAGAGCUAUGAUCUCAGGUGGUGGUGCACCAGAAAUCGAAAUUGCCCAGAAGUUAGCUGCAUUCGCUAACACUACACCUGGUCUUGAUCAAUAUUGUUUCCGUGCCUUCGCUGAUGCAUUCGAAGUUAUUCCGUACACAUUAGCAGAAAAUGCUGGUUUGAGUCCUGUACAAACUGUCACUGAACUACGAGCUUUACAUGCUAAAGGGGAGAAAAAUGCUGGGAUCAAUGUUCGAACGUUGAAAUACUUUCUGUCGUACAAAUUACGGGCAAGAAAUCUCGUUAAAAUUGUCUAGAUGUUGUAAACAUCGAAUUCCAACCUGUAAAUGUUAAUUUAAUAAACUUAAUACAACUUGGUAUCCAAAUGCAAAUUCAUGUACUCAAGGUUGAGCCGUUUUUACUUAAUACUACUCUAGUGUUCCUAACUGAAGUAGACGAAAUGUGGUCUAAACCUACAAACCAAUGAUCGGACAACAAGUAUUCCAACCGUUAUGCCACCAAUUGUAAAGUCAGUAUGUAUUUCUACUUAGUCGUAUUUUGUAGUGAAAUCCUGUUCAACUUAACAGCAUAUUCACGGACUGUUGUCGCUAUAGAAAGAUCAUCUAGUCCUGGAUAACACUAUUUUCCUUAAAAUGUACGUACAACACAACUGCAACCCACCCUUCAAUAAAUAUAUUUGUUGCCAUAUAAAAAUGAUCAGAAUUCUAAAGUAGCACAAUAUUCACUACUUACUGUGCCUAGAUGUAAAUUUCCCAUAUUCCAGAUUAGCUGCUACUUUUGAAUGUCUUCGAUUUAGAUAUUCAGUUAAAGUCCGUAAGAGUGUGAAUCAAAACAUUUCACCUUGAUUGACUCAAGGCAUUAAUGAUCUAAAUGCAUUUCAAGAAAAUAACAAUUUCUAUUAUUGAUGUUCAACAGCUGAGCUAUCAGUUAGUCACAAAUGUCCAUCAUCCUAAGUUGUGACACAAUGUUUACAAUGUAUAGAUCGAUAUAUUAUCUAGAUUACCAUAUGAACGUAAUUUAAAUAACCUAAAAAUCAAAUUUAAAAACCUACUCUAAAAGUAUGCUAUAGGAUAAAAUAUUUCAUUGUGGUUAUUUCCAAUAGUAGGUGUCUGCGUUACACACCUUGCUGACUAAUGCUCAUUUCAUAUCAUUCUUAUGAAUUUCGUGGAAAUUCUUUUCCUUACCAAUGUCCACCACUUCUUUAUUAUUUAGUUUCUCAUUUGACUUAGCAUUCUUAUUAGUAAUAGUGGUCCAACACCUUUCAUGAUCCUUAUUUAACGUCACUAUUGUGUUUUUAGGGCGCUGUCGUGGAUAUUUUGGCACAAAACGUGAUUCAACCAAUGCUGGUCAGUUACAGCGCUGUUACUUUAGCUACAGAGACUGUACGUAGCAUCCUCAAGAUAGACGAUGUGAUCAAUGCAAUCAGGAAUUAAGCAAUUUUGUAUGGCUCCGAUACUAAAUAUGUGGAACUUGUUAUUGUUUUCAUGAAAUAUAAUGUUUUAUCGAAUUCAAUAGUUAUCUUCAUAUUCAGUCCAAAACUUCAAAGACUCCAAACCUUCAUGUGUUACGUGUCUUAACAUAUUUCUAGUGAAGUUGACUAGAUAUGCAGUAUUGUAAUUAUACAGGUGUUUAGUUUCAACUUUAAAAGUCCUUUUUCCAUCUCAAUUUAAUAGCCACAUAAUCACGAUUAUAAAAAUGUAAUCUCAAAUCUAAUCUACAAAUCAUCUUAAUGUAAAAUGAUCAUGGACCACUACUUGACAAAAACGGUAUGGUUGCAAUGAAUCAUUUUUUUAUCAGUUCAUGUUCAUUUCAUUAACCAGACCCACAUCAUUCAAAAGCUUUUUCACAAGUAACAAUUACUCUUUAAUAAAGCCAGUUAUAUAUCAAUUGAAUGAGACUGAGUAUUAUUUGCGUUUUAAUAUUCACUUUCAGAUAAACGGUUAUGUAUUCUAUAACCACUAGAGUUAUUAUCAUCGAUGUAUCUAAUUACGUCCUAUAUUUUAAAAACACCCACCCAUGUUUCAAGCCAAACUAAAUAGCCCCAAAUACUCGUAGUAAACUAAACAGCUUCCUAACUAACGUAUAAUUCAAUUACCAAUGAUACCCAUAAAACUUAUAUAAUUUCCUAUAGUAGUACCAAAUCUAAAGUAUAUUUUGAUUAAUUUUGUUAAUACAAAAGUUGCUUUUACA